AUGAGAAACGGCAACAGAACAGUUCUCAUUCUGAACAACGAGGAGCCUUUGAUCAAAGAGUCGAAAACCCGAAGGGCGGGCGGUGGAUAUCCUGCGGCUGGCAGGAUUGAAUCCCCAAACUUCCCUCAAAAGAGUGCACAGGGUGGAAGUGUGGAAGGAUCGUGGGCCGUGUGGGAAAAUUUCAGCAAUGCCGCUUCUCGAAGCACUCAACAAUCCGGGUAUGCGAAGCCUGUUCCUCACGAGGGCCGUUUGGAUAGUGAGUCGUACGCAGGGAUGAUUUAG